AUGAUUGGAUUGUUUCAAACAAGCGCCAUUGCUCAGAUUAUCCUCGUCCUUUUAGCAGAAUUGGCCAUCACAGCCAGUUAUAUGGUCAAGUGGCCAUGUGCGGACAAUCAAGUCAAUAUCUUUCAUAUCUUUUUUGGAUGUAUCAAGAGCAUCAUUCUUCUCUUAAAUAUUUGCUAUCUUCCUCAACUCGAAGCAACUAGUUUAUCAAAACAAUACGUAGGCUAUUGUCAAUUGGGCAUCCAUUGUCUUGCUUUUUUUAUCUUUUUGGUACUUCAGAUCAAGAAUGCAGUCAUCAUUCUUACUGGUGUUACAAAUGAUGAGCUGGAUGAAUCGGGAAAACCUCCUGCUCGUAUGGUGAUAUGGAGAAAGAGA